AUGGGUGUGGACACCAUUGAAGGAACCCACUGGGGUCAGCCUGACCUCUUGCAAGGAGGUCCAUCUGGAGGCCACAGUGUGUGGAGGCAAGAGGACAAAGGUGUGGAGGACUCCAAGGUCAACCCCAGGGAUGUGUCUCAAGCUGGCCCCGCCCACUACUCUCGGGAGGAACAGUUCGCAGCGAGUGAGCCGACCGUAGGCGCCGGGCCAGACGAAGCAGUCCACAUUGGCCACACCUGUGACCCCUGCCUGCAGUCCCUCACUGGCCCCUGCUGGAUCCAGAAUGGCUUCCUGGUGCUACUGUCUCCUCUACCUCCUGCUCCAGUGGACCCCGGUGAGGUGGUGGAGACCCCAGGCGGGGUGUGCAGGUUCCCAGGGCAGCAGCUGAGCUGGUGGCAGGCUCAAGAGUCAUGUGAGCAGCGUUUUGGCCACCUGGCACUGGUGCCCCCAGCUGAGGUCCUUGCUCCACGGCUGCCCAACCCCAUCUGGGUGGGCCAAAGGGAGGCCCCUCUGCGGAGACCCCCCCAGAGGCGCGCGCUCCCCACGGCCGCGCUGGUGUUCGGCGAGCGGACCGCGGACAGGGCGGCGCGGCUGCGGACGCCCCUGCCCGCGCUGGGGGCGCUGACCGCGUGCGCGCACGUGCAGUGGGACGCCGCCUCGCCGGACGCCGCCGCGCUCUUCUCCCUUGCCGCGCCCUCCCUGGCCAACGCGCUGCAGCUGCGCGCCUUCGCCGAGCCGGGCGGCGCCGUGCACGCGGCGCUGGUGGUGCGCGGCCACCACGCGCCCUUCCGCGCCGCCUUCCGCGCCGACGGCCGCUGGCACCACGUGUGCACCACGUGGGAGCAGCGCGGCGGGCGCUGGGCGCUGUUUGCCGACGGGCGGCGGCGCGCCGGGGCGCGGGGACUGGGCGCGGGCCACCCGGUGCCAGCGGGCGGCAUCCUCGUGCUGGGCCAGGAUCAGGACUCUCUGGGCGGUGGCUUCUCGGCGCGGGAUGCCUUCAGCGGCAACCUCACCGACUUCCACCUGUGGGCUCGGGCCCUGAGCCCCGCGCAGCUGCGUCGGGCACGGGCCUGCGCGCCGCCACCCGGCGGCCUGCUCUUCCGCUGGGACCUGGGCGCCCUGGACGUCACGCCCUCGCUGUUGCCGCCCCUGCGGGUGCGCCUGCUCUGUCCAGUGCCCUCAGAAGAGUGCCCUACGUGGAACCCAGGAUCCGGCACCGAGGGCUCUUUGCUCUGCCUUCAACCACAUUUCUUCCUUUGCUGUUACCGGACAGACACUUAUCAGCGGCUGCAGGAUGCCCAGUCGUGGCCUGGCCAGGAUGUUAUCAGCCGAGUCAAUGCCUUGGCCAAGACCAUAGUGCUGCUUCCUGACCCCCUCUCUGAAGCCCCUGGACACCUGUCGCUGGCUGAGGCCUCCAGCUUCCUGGGUAUCCUGGAGAGGGUCCUGGCAAAGGAGUCAGCUCCACUGGGGCCGGCUGCACUGCUGGCUGUCGUGCACUUCCUAAAGAGAGUGACAGCCCUCGGGGCCGGGGAGCCAGAGCUCUUAACAGGGCCCUGGGAGCAGCUAGGCCAGGGCAUCGUGUCUGUGGCCAGCUUGGUCCUGGAGGAGCAGCUGGCUGGCGCGUGGCUCUCAAUCAGUGAGGUGGUUGGCGGACCCAUGGCCCUGGUGGCAAGUCUACAGCGCUUGGCGCCCCUGCUGAGCACCACGCUGACCCCUGGGCGGCCCCGAAUGCACAUCCAGCGUCGCUGUGUCGGCCUGGAGGUGCGGAGUCUACGCUUGAUGGAGGCUGGCACGGAGGGCUAUGUGUUCACGGUGCCCGGUGGGCAUCCGGAGGGGCCUGGCCACAUCCGCAUCCCCGCAGGUGAAGUGGAGCGCCUCCUCGGGAAAGGCCUCUCUGGAGUCACCGUGAUCCACAGCUGGUUCAGCUCGAGUGUCUUCCAGCAAACCCUAGGGGAGCCUGGCCUGGAGCCCCAGGCCCCUGAUAGCUCAGAAGAGGCAAGCAAAUUGCAGAGGUUUCUAAGCACCCAGGUGGGGUCAGCCAUCAUCUCCUCUGAGGUAUGGGAUGAAACCGGGGAGGUCAGCACGGCCGUGACCUUUCACUUGCAACACCAGACCCAGGCCUUCCCGCAGAAACUGGUGGAACCUGUCUGUGCCUUCUGGAACUUCAGCAUCAGCCCAGACACAGGGGGCUCCUGGGCCACUACUGGCUGCUCUGUGGCCACCCUGUACCGGGACUCUACUGCGUGCUUCUGCAACCACAGCACCAACUUUGCUGUCCUGUUGCAGGUGUAUGACGUCCAGAGAAGCCCCGAGGAGGAGUCGCUGCUGAGGACGCUGUCGUUUGUGGGCUGCGGAGUGUCCUUCUGCGCCCUGGCCACCGCCUUCUUGCUCUUCCUGGCAGCCGGGGUCCCCAGGUCAGAGCGAGCCACGGUCCACAAGAACCUCACCUUCUCCCUGGCCUCUGCCGAGGGCUUCCUCAUGGCCAGCGAGUGGGCAAAGGCCAACAAGGUGGCGUGUGUGGCCGUCACAGCUGCAAUGCAUCUCCUCUUUUUGGUCGCAUUCUCUUGGAUGUUGGUGGAGGGCCUAUUGCUGUGGAGCAAGGUGGUGGCCGUGCGCAUGCGCCCAGGCCCCAGGAUGACUCUCUACUACGCCACGGGCUGGGGCGUGCCUGUGGCCAUCGUGGCCAUCACGGUGGCCAUGUCCCCCGACGACUAUGUGGCCACUGGCCACUGCUGGCUCAAUGUGCACACGGACACCAUCUGGGCCUUUGUGGGGCCCGUGCUCUUCGUGCUGACUGCCAACACCUGCAUCCUGGUCCGCGUAGUGAUGGUCACUGUGUCCAGUGCCCGCCGCCGUGCCCGCAUGCUGAGCCCCCAGCCCUGCCUGCGGCAGCAAAUCACGAUCCAGAUAUGGGCCACAGUGAAGCCGGUGCUGGUCCUGCUGCCCGUCCUGGGCCUGACCUGGCUGGUCGGCACGCUGGUGCACCUCAGCCCGGCCUGGGCCUACGCCGCCGUGGGCCUCAAUUCCUUCCAGGGGCCAUACAUCUUCCUGGUCUACGCUGCCUACAACGGGGAGGUCCGGAAUGCCCUGCAGAGGAUGACUGAGAAAAAGGCAACAGAGGCAUUUAUGGUCUGCUCCAGCCCCAUAGGCCCAGGGUCCCACCCUAGGUCCCUUGGUCCCUGGGAGGUCUCUCAGAACAACCCUGUAGCCUUGGCUCCAGCCCGAAGACACUUGGCUAUUAGAGGGACCCACAGCCCCAGAAUCUCCACAACCUUCUCCUCCAUUGCAGAACCUGAGAGACCGGCUGUGGAACUGACAGCAUUCAAGGCAUCAGGUUUCUAGAGAGAGUGCAUGCGGACUUGACUCCAAGCCUCUGAAAGGCCCAACUGGGCCUACCC